AUGGUUCUUAGGAGUCACUCUUUCCCCAGGCAAGACAGACCCCAAGGGAGAGCCCCAAAGGCAGCUCCCGAGAGCCCUAGAGAUCCCAGCACUGGUGCCCCCUCUGAGAACAGAGAGUCUGGUUCUCCGCCUGAAGGGGCUGCCCCCAGCCUGGAGCUCAGGGACGGCUCCUCAGACGGACCGGUCACAGGGGCAGACGCGGGGGGCCUGGCUGAGGCGGGACGUGAGCAGCCGCAGAGCCGCGUGGAGACCAAGGAGGCUCCCGCUCCAGGCCCUACCUCAGGCCGGAGAGGGGAUGCCGUCGAGGAGAAGCGAGAAGACCCUGUGCCGCCCGGCGCUGCCAGGCCCCGGGCCCCGGACCAGCCCCCCGAGCGGAAGCAGCCCGGCCCCGAGCCCUCCGCCCCCGGGAGGGGCGCCUCGCAGCCGGUCGCGCGACCGCGGAGACGCAGCGCGUGCGGAAGAGCCGAGAGCUCCGAGCGCGGGGUCGGCCGGGCUGCGCAGCGGAGACGCCCGGGAGAGGCUCGCGGGGAGCAGCCCGGCGCGGCGGGCAGCGGGGGGCCGUUCCGGGAGGAGCGGGAAGAAGCCGGAAAGCUCACGGGGCUUCUGCAGAGGCGGGGGGGCCGGGGCCUGGCCCGGGAGCCGGCUUCGGCGGCCGCUCUGCCACGGCGGCUGGACCUGGGCACCUGCCUGGACGUCCUGGCCUUCGCCCAGCAGCACGGGGAGCCCGGCCUGGUGCGGGAGACCUAUGCCCUGAUGAGCGACAACCUGCUGCGCGUGCUGGGAGACCCGAGCCUCUACCGGCAGCUGAGCGGGGCGGACCGCGAGCGCAUCCUGAGCCUUCGGACGGGCCGGGGCCAGGCGGUGCUGGGGGUCCUUGUGCUGCCCAGCCUAUACCAGGUGAGCCGCUCGGGGCUCGCCAGGGGCCCUUGCGGGGAGGCGGCUCCUGCUGCGGAGUCCGCGGCCCCGCCUCCCCGCCCGCACCUGCACGUGUUCAACCCUCGAGAAAACACCUGGCGGCCCCUGACUCAGGUGCCGGAGGAGGCCCCGCUUCGGGGCUGCGGUCUCUGCACCAUGCACAACUACCUGUUCCUGGCGGGCGGCAUUCGAGGCUCCGGUGCCAAGGCCGUCUGCUCCAACGAGGUCUUCUGCUACAACCCCCUGACCGACAUCUGGAGCCAGGUGCGGCCCAUGCAGCAGGCCCGCGCCCAGCUCAAGCUGGUGGCCCUGGACGGGCUGCUUUACGCCAUCGGUGGCGAGUGCUUGUACAGCAUGGAGCGCUAUGACCCGCGCACGGACACCUGGACCCUGCGCGCGCCCCUGCCCGCAGGCACCUUCCCUGUGGCCCAUGAGGCUGUGGCCUGUCGUGGGGACAUCUACGUCACCGGGGGCCACCUCUUCUACCGCUUGCUGAGGUACAGCCCUGGGAGGGACGCGUGGGAUGAGUGCCCCUACAGUGCCAGCCACCGGCGCUCCAGCGACAUGGUGGCGCUGGGAGGCUUCCUCUACCGCUUCGACCUGCUGCGCGGCGUGGGCGCUGCCGUGAUGCGCUACAACACGGUGACAGGCUCCUGGAGCCGGGCGGCCUCCUUGCCGCUGCCCGACCCUGCCCCACUCCACUGCACCACGCUGGGCAACACCAUUUACUGCCUCAACCACCAGGUCACGGCCACCUUUACGGUCUCCGAGGGGACUGCCCAGUUCCAGGCCAGAGAGCUGCAGCCCUUUCCUCUGGGGAGUAAGGGGGUGCUCUGUCCAUUCAUCCUGACUCUGUCUGCCACGGACCCACUGCAGACUGCCCUCUGA